CUUGGGUCACUUGGAAGGUCACUCUGACCGGUUUGGGGGAAGAACGUCUGUUUGAGACAACGGUUGGGAAGGAGUGAUUAGGACAAACAGAAAGAAUGUGCUUGUUUUAUGUAGCUUUCCAGGGGAGGUACUAUCUAAGACGUCUUACAACAAGGCAGUAGGGGGUCUAGUGUACCGAGUAAUAAGAAGCAACGGUAUCGAAUAAUAGGAAGUCACACACUCUCUCUUCCUUACUUCUUAAGUCCUGCCGAGUAUCACAAGUCGCAGGAGUAGAACAACGCCCGUUGAGUUCCUGGAAGUCUCCAAGUCCCGACUGCCUAAUCACAUACACUUUCAUUACAUCCCCGCUAGACGAUAGGAAACUACGACAAUGGCCGCCUCACCCAGGUGGAAGGUAGCCAUCGGAGCCGACGAUGCCGGUGUUGGCUACAAGAGCAAGAUCAAGGAGGAUUUCGAAAAGGACCCCCGCGUCGAGUCUAUCGUAGACGUUGGCAGUCUCUCAGCAGAUGACAAGACAGCAUACCCGCACCGAGCAGCGGCCGCAGCACAGCUCGUAGCUGAUGGCAAGGUUGACAGGGCCCUGCUCAUCUGCGGUACAGGCCUAGGAGUUGCCAUCUCGGCGAACAAGAUCAAGGGCGUCCGCGCCGUCACAGCCCACGACAGCUUCUCUGUAGAGCGAGCCGUACUAAGCAACAAUGCCCAAGUCCUUUGUAUGGGUGAGAGGGUCAUCGGCUUGGAGCUCGCGCGCAGACUAGCUAAGGAGUGGCUGGGUUACGUAUUUGACGAGAAGAGCGCGAGCGCCGCCAAGGUAGAUGUUAUCAGCGACCUCGAGAAAUCGCUGUAAACUAGAACGCGCUAUUCAUCUAGGGGACAUAUGUCAUGCGGGAUUUUCUAUUAUCUACUACUUGCUGUAAAGGGGGGAUAGAGUAGUCCAGCCUAAUAUUUAUAAGUCAACUAAGUGUGCACUGGUUAUAUCAAACGCAGACUCGGGUAAAUACCUAUGUAAGAUAGUCUAGUCUGAUGGGACUGUGACUUACUGGUCCGGAUACCCGAAAGCUUAAAGAGAUAAAUAUAAACGGAACGCUAGCGGUAGACUGCAUCUACCCGAGCCGAGACGUAGGUAGUCGAACAAA